AUGUCCGGCGAUAUUAACCCCGCUCCUCCCGGCCGCAGACUUACAAUCGCCUUAUUUUGCGAUUUCUUCUACCCAAAUUCGGGAGGGGUGGAAAGCCAUAUCUACCAGUUGGCUCAAUGUUUGCUCGUGCGUAAUCACCGAAUAAUUGUUGUCACUCAUGCGUACGGUGAAGGCUGGCAACGUCAGGGCAUCCGCUACAUGGCUCGGGGUCUAAAGAUAUACUACAUACCGUAUCGUCCGUUUUUCAAUCAGGCUGUGUUCAUCACGCUGUACGGACUGCUCCCAGUGAUACGUGACAUACUGAUUCGCGAGAAGGUUGAUAUCGUACACGGACAUUCGGCCUUUUCUCCGUUGGCAAUGGAGGCUCUGAUGCAUGCCAAAGCCCUCGGUCUGCGCACUGUCUUCACAGACCACUCCCUCUUUGGGUUUGCGGACCUCUCCUCCGUUCUGGCCAACAAGGCCCUCUUCCUCUUCUUGAAUGUCGUUGACAGUUUCAUAUGUGUGUCUAAUGUGGCAAAAGAGAACACCGUUCUGCGUGGGGGCAUGAGUCCAGAUCGUGUUUACGUUAUCCCCAAUGCAAUCGACUCAUCCGCCUUUACUCCUGAUCCGGCCGCGAGAGAUCGAGACAAUGUUACAAUUAUUGUCGUCAGUCGUCUUGUCUACCGCAAGGGUACCGACCUACUUGCUGCAAUCAUCCCGCCCAUCUGUUCAACUUUCCCGAACGUCAAAUUUAUUAUAGGAGGUGAUGGUCCGAAACGGCUAGCUCUUGAGGAGAUGCGCGAGAGGCACAAUCUUCAUUCAAGGGUUCAGCUACUGGGCUCUCUUCCCCAUCAUCAAGUCCGCGAUAUAAUUGUAAAGGGAGAUAUCUUUCUCAACACCUCUCUAACGGAGUCCUUCUGCAUUGCCAUAGUUGAAGCUGCCAGUUGCGGGUCCGUAAGCUUAAAUUGUUUCUAUUUUUUUUAA